GGUUUCACUCCCCAACGAAAGCCACCAUGAUGAGCGAGAUGGACCCGCCGCCGACAUCUCGCUUGCGUCGGCGCAGCUUCUUCGAGGGCAUGGAGAGCGAGGGAUCGACUGCCGAGAGCAUCACACUCAACGAGAGCGACUUGGCGUCUGCGGCGUCAGCAUCAGCUUCUCUCAGCGACGGCGAGAGUUACACAGCUAAUUCGCCUCUAAAACAAGGCAAAGUGGCUCCAGCCAAGCAAAACGGAGCUAAACCAUCGGAAGACCAAGAUUUACUACGAUCUAAUAAUAGCUCUGGACGAACUCAACGAGUGGUUAAGUUGCUGCAAAAUCUGUGGAGACAACUAUCGACCUGGCUUCAGUUGCUGUAUGUUGCUUGGGCCGCUAAAUUCCCAGUUGCGGCUUCCAAGGUGGACGAAUGGAGACAAAAGACCUCGUGGGUGUUAAAAGGACCAAAAGAUUGGGUUAAAAAGUGGAAGGGAGACCCCACAGCGCCAGUUAAAUACUGGGUAUACCCUACCCAAUGGCUCACAUACGCCUCUAUCAGCCUCGUGCUGCUACAGAUCAUCAUUUACUGGAAAUUCCAGACUGUUUCGUUCGAUCUACGAGUCCACGAGUGUGUAUUCAGAGAGAGACUACUCGCUUCGGCCGAUUUGAUGCAGCCCAGUGCAGUUCCCAGUACGCACAUGCAGCCUCGAGCAGCAGCGUUAAGAUUCCUGGAACGUCGCUUCGAGCAACAAUACAGUCCUGGAGCACGCCAACCUGGCCAGGCGAGACUGCCCUGGACAUGUUUAGCGGUCAUUCCUAUGGGCAGUGACAGUGCUAUGGCUCAAGCUACAGAGCUGGCAUUCUUGUGGCCUAGAAGUCAAGUGGUGGCUGCUAAUACUCACUCAAAGAUCGCCAGUCGAGUUCACGUGGCUGUGGGGGCUAGUCCACUUGAUAGAGGCACUGAUUCGCAGCUUACGGGAGUGUUUGCAGCCAUGUUUCCGUUAAGUGCGAUGCGUCUAGCGUUAUUUGCUCCUAGAUUUCCAGAUUUAGUACUGGUCAAAACGGAGUUCGCAUUGAGACAAAUGCUCAAAUUCCGACAGGAACGACAGGAAGAACGCGACCACCGAGGAAGAGCAGGAGUGAAUGCUUUGGGACAACCUUCAUCGAUUGAUUUGGGCACUUCUUACCUCGCGGCGAGUCAUUUUGGCGUAUACUUGCUGAAAACUACUGUGCCGGAUGUGUACAAUCGACAUAUCCGGAAGAAAUGGGACGAAUUUCUGCAUGUUGUAGUGGUAGGCGACGCUGACAAGAAGCAGCAGUUUACGGAGGAAUUACUGGCUGCGUGGGUGGCCCAUCCGGAUUGGCCUAUGCUACAUGUUCGCUUCGAGCGGUCCUUGGUGUUGUGUGGAUCGUUCCAGCGUAUUCUAAGCAGUAUGCUCAAGGACUACCAAGCAGACGCUGAAGCUGCAGAGGCAGCAGAAGCGGAGGACCCGAACCGAGCGGCUGAAGAUUGGUUGGAAGGCCUGGACAGUCCCAAGAAACAAGCAAAGAAACCAGCGAAACGUCAACUCAAUGUGGACUUGGUGUGCGAAGAAGACGCCAACUCGCCUCAGGAGCUUGUAAGGCUGAAGAACAGCAUUGGUAUGCACCUGUUCCCUGUCCCGCCUGAGCUGGAAAAGUAUGAAGAAAUGGUGCUCGAGAGCUUAGCAGUUGGCGCGGUUACAGUGACGUACAAUACUCCAAUCAUGCAGGAAUGGGUGCCGGAUAGCUGCGGUCUACGCGUGGGUUCCUUUGACUACGAUGGACCUGCGGAUACAGGCGCGACAGAGGAGGAUCCAGAGACGGUAAAGAAGGAGGUACCGGAGCGAGAAUUAGCUGAUAGCACCGCGCUAGUGAAGCUUCCUUCGGUGCACGCUACAUCCAGUGAGAUUGAAGAGGCUAUUGAACAAUUGUUGACGCUGGACCGAGUGAGUCGAGUGGCGGCAGGACGAGCCGCUCGUGUGCACUACCUGCGGAUGCGUACACACUAUUUGUCGGCCGUAGCAGCACUGGAUGCGGCUGUUUGUGAAGGCGACAGUGACGAUCUGGGCGAAACUCAAAGCGAAAUCGGACAGCACAGACGCAGGAAGGUCGAAGUCGAAACCUUGCGAGCCUUCUUGUACUAAAAUUGCUGCCUAGACUAGCGAACGUAUAAUUGCGGGUUCAGAUCUCGAACUAUUAUGUACUGUAUGCAGCAGAUUGCGUCUUGCUGUCACUGCGUCGUUCGAUAGUUUACGCCCCCUUGAAAGCUCUACAAAGCCCUGGCAUCGUGUCGCCGACUUGAACGGUGUUGUCCUCUUGUGGCAUGUUGAUGCUGUACAUGCACUUCGACCUAUAGCAUGCUUCCUGUACUUGUCGUAUUAGUAUUUUUUUUUUUUUAGUAAAGUAUCCGGAUUAUGAGCGUAGGCACAUGUACAGCAGCCCAAAUCGGUAGCAACUUAUCGUGCUUGUAAC